ACAACCAUCAACAAUCACCAACCGCAGACCAACGAGCGUCAUGGCAAUCCCACCGGUAGAGCAGCUCCAGCGCCCCGAGCCACUGCGCGAUGUGCUUGCUAAGGACAAACCUGAAGACUGCCUCCCCUGCAGGGUCACUGGGGCUACUGCCUUCAUUGGUCUAGGCGCAUACAGCUACUUCUCUGGACAUUCCCAGUUGAAGGCACAAGAAGCCAAGAUUUUGCAGAGCAAGAGCUUGUUUGGGAUGAAGAGUCGGCAGGCAGGAAUCACCACUAUUGCGCUGUCACUUGUCGGAAUGGGUCUAUGGAGACUAGUCAACUAAAGAGCAGUCAUCGUUGUUGGGUCUUUGGAGGCUCUAUGGAGUAUGAAUCAGGAAUUGCAUCACACGGAGUUGCGCAUGAAACGGGUCUACUGUAUUAAGAAUUUCCUUUCCAUUGGUAUCUCAGUUCGUCUAGAAUCAUACAACUGCCGUUAUUACACCGGCUCCAUUGGUCGAAUUGACUGUGUUUUUG